AGCGUUGAUUUUUUUAUUUAUAAAAAAAACUAAUAUUAAAAGGUUGAACUCAACAUAUUCAAAGUCAACCAAAAUAAUAGCAUGUGUUAAAUUUAAUAUAUAAUAAUAGCAUAAAUAAUAAUACAAAUUUUGACGAGUCUCUUCCAAUUUAUCUUACAUUCCAAAUUUUGUUAAAACGAAAGCAAUUUUGCUUUGUAAGAAUCUCUCAAAAUAAUGAAUUUAUAUCCACACUAUUCACUCUCUCCACCUCCACCCCACACGCACUGGCACACACAUUUUAUGCACACACUUUUCCUCUGCUAAGGGUUUGCAAUCUCUCUCUGUAAAUUCCGUCUCUCCGAUCUCUCCUCUCAAUCCAUUCUAGGGUUUGCUCUCCGCUGCUGCACCGAUACCGAUUUUUGGAUCAAUUCCGUCUUUUGCCGAUUUUGAAUUGAUUAAGAUCCGCGAGCGAGGGAAAUUCGGGCUCUUUUUUCCUGUCGGGUCUCGGACUGUGUUUGAUGGUUGAAGAAGCGCGGGAGGAUCUGAGGGUUGCGAGUUGUAUUGUGAUUUUUGGGGAUAUUUUGAGGGAAUAGAGAUGGAUUUGGAUUUCAAUGGUGAUGUCACGUCCCUCGAUGCUGAACUAUUGCAGCUUCAGGAGGUGUCGCCGCUGGCCAUUAAAGCCAACCCGUAUGUUGCCGAAAAGCUAUUUGAUCAGUGGCUGUCGCUGCCGGAAACCAAUUCAUUGGUAAAAUCGUUGCUCAAUAAUGCCAAGGGAGGUGGUCCCUUGAAUGCUGCUGGAUCAGCUAGCACAAAUGCUGCAGCUAGCAAUACACUGCCUUCAAUGUUUCCCGCAGGUAGUACGCCGCCACUUUCACCAAGGAGUUCAUCAGGUUCUCCUCGAAUCACGAAACAGAGGGCAGGCCCUUCUGCUUUAGGCUCUCCCUUGAAAUUAGUGAAUGAGCCUGUGAAAGAGCUUAUACCUCAGUUCUAUUUCCAAAAUGGCCGCCCACCACCUAAUGAAUUGAAAGAGCGGUGCUUGUUUAGAAUCAACCAAUUUUUUUAUGGUCAUGUAGAUGGACUGCAAAUGCAUGAAUUCAAACCAGUAACGAAGGAAAUUUGCAAGCUCCCGUCUUUCUUUUCUACUGUACUAUUUAGAAAGAUCGACACUGAGGGAACUGGAAUUGUGACCAGGGAUGCGUUUGUCGAUUAUUGGAUUAAUAGAAACAUGUUGACCAAGGAUCUAGCAACACAGUUAUUCACAAUCUUGAAGCAACCAGAGCACAGACACUUGGUCCAGGAUGACUUUAAACCUGUUCUUCGAGAACUUUUGACCACUCAUCCUGGGUUAGAAUUCCUGCAGAGUACACCUGAAUUUCAAGAAAGAUAUGCUGAAACUGUAAUAUACAGAAUAUUUUAUUAUGUGAAUAGAGCGGGUAAUAGUCGUCUUACCCUGAGGGAGCUGAGACGCUCAAACUUGAUUGCUGCAAUGCAGCAUGCAGAUGAAGAAGAGGAUAUUAACAAAGUCUUGAGGUACUUCUCCUAUGAGCAUUUUUAUGUGAUAUACUGCAAGUUCUGGGAGCUGGACUCAGAUCAUGAUUUUUUGAUUGACAAAGAAAACCUCAUCAGAUAUGGUAACCACGCACUUACCUACAGGAUUGUUGAUAGAAUAUUUUCUCAGGUUCCGAGAAAGUUCACCAGUAAGGUUGAAGGAAAGAUGGGAUAUGAAGAUUUUGUCUACUUCAUAUUGUCAGAGGAGGAUAAAUCAUCGGACCCUAGUCUUGAGUAUUGGUUCAAGUGCAUAGAUUUGGAUGGUAAUGGAAUUAUAACAAGGAAUGAAAUGCAAUUCUUUUAUGAGGAGCAGUUGCAUAGAAUGGAAUGCAUGGCCCAAGAGCCUGUGCUUUUUGAAGAUAUACUGUGUCAAAUUGUUGACAUGGUUCACCCAGAGGAUGACAGCUUUUUCACGUUGCGAGAUAUAAAAGGAAGCAGACUUUCUGGCAGUGUUUUCAAUAUCCUGUUUAACCUUAACAAGUUCAUGGCUUUCGAGACCCGUGAUCCAUUUCUAAUUCGCCAGGAGCGCGAGAACCCAAAUUUGACGGAAUGGGAUCGCUUUGCUCACCGAGAAUACAUUAGGCUCUCCAUGGAGGAAGAUGCAGAAGAUGCCUCUAAUGGAAGUGCAGAUGUUUGGGAUGAAUCACUCGAGGCUCCUUUCUGACUUCUGUUCGGACUCUACUAUGAAUUCCUCGCAUAUAGCUGCUGGCUACGGAGCAUUAUAAGCUGUAGGAAGGGGGAUUCAGCAGUCCUGCUCACUCACUUGCUCUGCUCGUCUGUCUCGAAGACUCGUUUCUGGAAAUUUUGAGCUCACCUUCAGGUAGCGUGCUUGCCUGUUAGAAAUGUCGCCACGGGGAACAGGGAAAAGGCUCGGCGAGGUUGCGCAUUUGUUGAUUUGAUACUAACAAGCAAAUAGAUUAUGUUAGUUCACAGCCUUUUUUAGCACUUGGUUCUUUGUCAGUUGUAAGAAAUAUUUUUAUUAAUUAUUUCAUUUGGAGGCAGUAUCAAAUUGCUUCCUAGUACAUUUCUAGUUCUGUCCCUUUCUUUUUUUUUGCUUGCUUUUUUUUCUUUCUUGAUUCCUCGACUCUUGUAGUUGUUGUUUUCAUUUUUUUGGAAUAAUUAGCUACAGUUGUCUUUUGUAAACAGCAGUUGGAUGUAAAGAUACAAUUCCAAGCAGAUUUCCUUUCA